AGUCCCGCCCUCAUACACGGAAGUGUCCGUCAUUUGAAGAUUGAGUGCUUGAAAUGAUCAAGAAAUGUGUGGCGUUUCUUGGGUUCGAAGUUGUAUCAGUCGUCAAGCUCGAGGGGAUGUUUUGCCGAAGUGAAGGAGUCGACUCACAGAGAAGGAAUUCAACGUUUUUGAACAGCGACUGGAUGACCCAGGAACAGUGCAGUCAUAGGAACAAUGUCCAGACUUCAGACAAACCACAAGUGUACAAAGUGGGAAUCUACGGCUGGAGGAAACGCUGCCUUUACUUCUUCGUGCUGCUGCUGAUGAUCCUCAUCCUCAUCAACCUGGCACUCACCAUCUGGAUCCUUAAGGUCAUGAACUUCACCAUCGACGGCAUGGGCAGCCUCAGAAUAACAGAGAAGGGCAUCAAACUGGAGGGGGACUCGGAGUUCUUACAACCGCUCUAUGCCAAAGAAAUCCAGUCUAAGCCGGGUCGCCCUCUUUUCCUGCAGUCGUCCAGAAACGUGUCGGUCAACGUCGUCAACAGCAACAACCAGCUGCUAACGCAACUCGUCACAGGAUCCAGCGGGUUUAAGGCGCGAGGCAAGAUGUUCGAGGUCAAAUCCACGUCCGGGAAGCUCCUUUUCUCGGCCGACGAGCAGGAGGUGGUGGUGGGCGCCGAGAGGCUCCGAGUGAUGGGGGCGGAAGGAGCCGUGUUCAGCAAGUCCGUGGAGACGCCGCACGUCAGAGCCGAGCCGUUCAAAGAGCUGCGGCUGGAGUCGCCCACUCGCUCCCUGCUAAUGGAGGCCCCCAAAGGCAUCCAGAUCCUGGCCGAAGCCGGAGACAUCCAAGCCAUCUGCAGGAACGAGCUGCGACUGGAGUCCAAAGACGGAGAGAUCUCUCUGGACGCUCGCAGGAUUCGCCUGAUGCGCCUGCCUGAGGGCAAGGCCUCGUCUGGCAGCUCCUCGUCCUCCGGCACCAGGCAGAUGGUCUACGAGGUCUGCGUUUGCCCCAACGGGAGACUUUACCUCUCGCAGGCCGGGACGGGCUCCACCUGCCACAUCAGCGACAGCGUCUGCCUCUAGGACUGAGCCCUCAGCCAAUCAGGAACACUCGCAGAACGUGAGGAAGAACUCCAACUAAACAAAAAGAACCGCGAGAGACGCUCUUGAGAGAGGGAAACUGUGCCUGUGCCUUACGUCGACGCACUUGUGGCAAAAAGAAGAAGAAGAAGAAGCACAUCACCCCCCCCCCCACCCCCCCACCCUCCCCCUUUCCUUUCGGCAGCCAAAUGACCGCAAUUUUGUUUCUCGCUGGGUGUUUUUUUUUGUGUUUUUUUCUGUGUGAAUGCAAAGACCUCUUUGUUUUGACCCAAUAAAUGUCAACAAAGAACCCCAAAUAAGUCCACUAACCUUAUGUCCAUCCUGCUAGCUGGCCCAGUUCUUCUAAUAACCGCCUCCACUCUAAUAAUUGAACAAAUGAAAGCUGCAGCUGAAAAUAGAGAUCCUUAACAACAGCAAAGCACACCUGUCGUAUUCUGCCAUAGAGGAUCUUUGAUUUCUUGCAGGGGAUCCGUAGAACCAGCAUGAUACUUUUGUCUUAAAGAAGAGGAUCUUUGAGUAGCGGUUUUGAAGUAAAUGCUUCAAAACAGCAGCGCACUUCUGUCAAAUAUAGGAUCUUUGACUUUUUGCAGUCAGACUUUAAAAAACAUCAAUUUAGGAUCUUUGGCUUUUUGCAAUCAGACUUUGAAAUAACCGCAGCACACUCCUGUCAAAUGUAGGAACUUUGACUUUUGGCAAUCAGACUUUAAAAAACAGCAGCGCACUCCUGUCAAAUAUAGGAUCUUUGACUUGUUGCAGUAAGACUUCAAAAAACAUCAAUUUAGGAUCUUUGGCUUUUUGCAAUCAGACUUUGAAAUAACCGCAGCACACUCCUGUCAAAUGUAGGAACUUUGACUUUUGGCAAUCAGACUUUAAAAAACAGCAGCGCACUCCUGUCAAAUAUAGGAUCUUUGACUUGUUGCAGUCAGACUUUAAAAAACAUCAAUUUAAGAUCUUUGGCUUUUUGCAAUCAGACUUUGAAAUAACUGCAGCGCACUCCUGUCAAAUGUAGGAACUUUGACUUUUGGCAAUCAGACUUUAAAAAACAGCAGCGCACUCCUGUCAAAUAUAGGAUCUUUGACUUGUUGCAGUCAGACUUUAAAAAAAACAGCAGCGCACUCCUGUGAAAUGUAGGAUCUUUGACUUGUUGCAGUCAGACUUUAAAAAACAGCACACUCCUGUCAAAUGUAGGAUCUUUGACUUUUUGCAAUCAGACUUUAAAAAAACAACAGCGCACUCCUGUCAAAUGUAGGAUCUUUGAGUUUUGGCAAUCAGACUUUAAAAAACAGCAGCACACUCCUGUCAAAUAUAGGAUCUUUGACUUGUUGCAGUCAGACUUUAAAAAACAGCAGCACACUCCUGUCAAAUGUAGGAUAUUAGACUUUUUGCAGUCAGACUUUAAAAAACAGCAAUAUAGGAUCUUUGACUUUAGUCAGACUUUAAAAAACAGCAGCGCACUUCUGUCAAAUAUGAGAUAUUUGACUUUUUGCAGUCAGACUUUAAAGAAAACAGCAGCGCAACCCUGUCAAAUAUAGGAUCUUUGACUUUUUGCAAUCUGACUUUAAAAAACAGCAGCACACUCCUGUCAAAUGUAGGAUCUUUGAGUUUUUGCAAUCUGACUUUAAAAAAC